CCGCCAUGCCCCAGGCCUCGGAGCACCGCCUGGGCCGCGCCAGGGACCCCGGUGCCCCCGUGGUGACGGCGCAGCCCCGGGCGGGCUCCCGCCUGCCCAGCGGGCACCGAGCGCUGAGCCAGGAGCGCCAUGCGGCCCCCAACGGGCUCAGCCCGGCCCCCAAACUGCGCCUGCUGCCCCCCCGGCCCCCGCCGCCCCCCGACGACCCCCGCCCCAAGAAGCUGGAGCUGGAGGGGGCCGGGCGGCCAAACGGGGGGACCCCGCUCCCCGCGGGCCGGGGGGGACGCCGGGGGCCGCUCAAGGCCGAUCACGGCGUGAGGGUGCCCGGGGAGCCCCGCAGGUGCCCGGCAGCGCCUCCUUCUCGCUGCCCAGCGCGGCCGAGCGCCACACACCACACGCUGCUGCUGGGCUCGGGCCACGUCGGCCUCAGGAAUUUGGGCAACACGUGCUUCAUGAAUGCCGUGCUGCAGUGCCUGAGCAGCACCAAGCCCCUGCGUGAUUACUGCCUGCGCCGCGACUUCCAGCAGGAGCAGCCCCCCGGCCCCCGCGCCCCCCAGGAGCUCACCGAAGCCUUCGCCGAUGUCAUCGCCGCCCUCUGGCACCCCGACUCCUCCGAGGCCGUCAACCCCGGGCGCUUCAAGGCCGUGUUCCAGAAAUACGUGCCCUCCUUCACGGGUUACAGCCAGCAGGACGCGCAGGAAUUCCUCAAGUUCUUCAUGGACCGGCUGCACGUGGAGAUCAACAGGAAGGGCCGGCGCACCCCCAGCAUCCUGUCGGACACACGGAGAGCCCCGGCCCUGGAGGACCCCGAAACGCUCAGCGACGACGAGCGCGCCAACCAGAUGUGGAAGCGCUACCUGGAGAGGGAGGACAGCAAGAUCGUGGAUCUCUUUGUGGGGCAGCUGAAGAGCUGCCUCAAGUGCCAGGCCUGCGGCUACCGCUCCACCACCUUCGAGGUGUUCUGCGACCUCUCGCUGCCCAUCCCAAAGAAAAGCUUUGCCGGGGGCAAGGUCUCGCUGCACGACUGCUUCAGCCUCUUCACCAAGGAGGAGGAGCUGGACUCGGAGAACGCCCCGGUGUGUGACAAGUGCCGGCAGCGCACGCGCAGCACCAAGAAGUUGACGAUCCAGCGCUUCCCACGCAUCCUGGUGCUCCACCUGAACAGGUUCUCCACCACGCGCUACUCCAUCAAGAAAUGCUCCGUCUUCGUGGACUUCCCGCUGCAGCAGCUCAACCUGCGCGAGUUCGCCAGCGAGAAGGCCGGCAGCCCUGUCUACAGCCUGUACGCUCUGUGCAACCACUCGGGCAGCGUGCACUACGGGCACUACACGGCGUUCUGCCGCGACCCCGCCGGUUGGCGCGUCUACAACGACUCCCGCGUCUCGCCCAUCAGCGAGAACCAGGUGCCGUCCAGCGAGGGCUACGUGCUGUUCUACGAGCUGGAGGAGCCGCCCGGCCGCAGAGCCUGAGAGCCCCGAGCGGAGCCGCCUGCGGGGCCGGGGCUGCGGGGGAACGGCCGGGACCCUGCCCGGGACACACCGGGAACCCCCCGGGAUCCUCCGGGAUCCCCCGGACCCGCGAAGAGGGGGGUGCGGGGG